AUGGAGAUCAAAUUUAAACUGGCAGAGGCUCCUCAACCUCAGAAGCGCCCUGAUUUCGAGAACAAACCAUCCAGUCUGGCCUUCAUACACGUCAACAACCCAGCACAAGCCAAAGACAAGACCAUACAGCGCAAAGUCCGUCGCCAUGUGAUGAAAGACAUCGGUCGCUCGAGAAGAUUAGGUUCCAUCCAAGUAGAGACAACAGCAACGCCCAAAAACAAUUCGGUGUCAAUUCCAGCGUACUGGGGCGAUGUGAAAGUUUGCGUCAACUUUAGGAAACUGUUUUGGGCUAUGGAUAUGGUUUCUGAAGGACUUCUUUCCAUAGCUGUCAUUGACCCCUCUUGUAAGUUGCGGAAGAGACUUGCUGCGGGCCUUGGCGACCUUCAAACCUUUGAUGAGAUUGAACAGUACACGGAGUCUGUGAGCCUAGUACGAAAGGCCAUCACACCGGAAAGCCAGGCUUGCCAAAAUGCUAUUAUCGGUACGAUAAUUUGUCUUGCCGUGUUUGAUAUGCGUGUAGGGAAAUCGGAUUCGUGGAUGAUGCAUAUGGCUGGACUCGAACGGAUCAUUGAGCUGGCUGGGGGCGUUGAAGUCCUAGACUCCAGGCCUGCUAUACGGCAAUCCUUGUUCAUUGCCGACGUACUCGGCUCGGUGCUUGAAGAUGCGAGGCCGAGGUUCCCGUUACCUGCAAGCACUCUCGCCUUACCCAGCGUCUCACGGUCGCGAUACGUUCAAAGGCUAUUAGUUUCACUCAGGAACUUGGAGCCUCAUAGCAAAACGCCCUCAACUGUUAUCGACAACUCUCUCCAAUCGGCUUCGCAGCUCGCCGCGCUAUUGACUGAUCGAAAACAUCUGGAGCGGGCGACAGGAACUGAAGUUAUGGGUAUUGGUCGUACACUCCUGCAUAGAGACGGGUUCUUCGAGGUUAUGGCUCGUGGACCAGAUAGUCCAGGUAAUGUCACUACUCGGACUGAGGUCUUGGACGGACUUGAUGUCAUGUUUACGACGGGUUGUGUGGAUUGA